AGGUCAACUUCGUCACUGAUCCAACAACAACCAACUCACCACAAACCAUACAAUAAUUAAUACACACGACCAACUAUCACGACUACAGCAUCAUCAACAAACAACUAACAACAACAACCUCACCGUCGACCCCAUCAUCAACCAGCGACAGCGACCUUCAUCGACCAUCUGCGACAUCAAAUACCCGCAUUGGCCCCAUACACGAGACACCGCUUACUGACCUACAGUACUGCCCUACCAAAAACACCGAAAACACUAAAAACACACUACUGGACCUUCGGUACAUAUACUAGGAGAAGACCAUCUGGCAGCUGCUACGUCAACCCUUUCCACGCGCAACACCAAGACGAACAAUACCCACAGAACCUGGAAGAACGCACAAUACCAAUCAUCACGAAACACUUGCCAACUACUGCCGGCUUCAAUCCACGAAAACCGAAUCCAUAGACCACAAGUUGUCUCCCCCUCGUGUCGUUCGUUUCAGCCUGGAAGAACCCACGCAAAAGCCGCUCCCGUUAUCGAUAACAAAAAGUUGAUCAACUUUGCUCCCCAGAUGGACGGCGAGCAUUGGGGAUCAUCACCCGCGGAGACCCAGAAGAGGCGUGAGUUGUUAUAAUAGGAGAGGAGGUAAUCGACACCACACACACCGGCCCGUUGGGCAUUGUAAUUGCCACCGUCGCCGGGUGUUGAGACCCGAAGACGGCACGACGUCGAACACACAACACACACACACACACCACCACGCUGGCUGAGCCGAGUGAGGAGGACAGAAUGGAGGACAAGCCGCUGAGGAAUCCGAGCCAGGCGCCGGAGAUGACACAGGCUACCCCGUCGAGUAUGGCUUCGAAAUCAGCCAAUCCCUCGACGACAUCACCCACACAGACCCGGAAAUCCUCGCACUCACCUGCACCGGGCACGAAGAAACUCAUCAACUCACAACCACCAUCGAAUACAGCUUCACCGAAACCCUCUCGCGAACCGUCACCAGCGAGGCCGACGGUGAGGUCCGCCACCGUCAGGACAGGAAAUGGCCGGAGGAAGAGCAGCCAGGAACCGAGCCCGUCACGGUCGGCUAGUGCUAUGGCUGCGAAUAUUCCAUCGAGUGCGGCGGUGCAGAGAGCUCUAUCAACGGCGAAUACACCACUUCUGAAGCCCUCGAUAUCAGACACCGCCAUCGUAGCACCGCAACCACAGAAAAUCACCGUCCCGACAGAAUUCAAAGACGCCCCGAGAUGGCCGAUAUCACCACGAUUGAAGUCGCCGCCACCAAUCAACAGACCAACCGGCAUGGCGAGGAAGACAGACCAAGAGCUGCCACCGAUCAGCACGCUGCAGUUCCAGACGUCGAAUGAGAGCGCGCAGUCGGGGUAUACCGACACGGAUUACGAUGAGUCGUUAGCUAUGUCUGGCAUCCGCAGUCCGGGUCGCGGAGUCAGCACGAGCGCUACAACAUUGGAGACUGUGCCGGAGAGCAGCCAGCCCGGCAGCCCUGGGAUUGGGAUAGGUCUGGAUCGCUCACAGGAAUGGAAGCAAGGAGGCUUGCCAGAAGAGCAGAUCGCGAUUGAUCAAGCGUUUACCAAGAAUAUGAAGUCGUCACCCGCGGCUGCAACGACGGAUAGCGGCAGCGAGAGCGGCGAGAAGAAGGGCGAGAUCAAGCUGAGGCACACAACAGGCGCGAACACCACACCCCGACCUCAUGCUGCGCAGUUGGCGAAACAGGCUAGUUCCAGCGCUCUGGGAGGUAAAAAGGCAGCAGAAGCCUCUGCAACGAAUAACAUGACGGUAGAGACCGAGACGGUCAGCUCGAUUCCCCAGGUCGCCGUCGGUGGCGGGACAGGCACUGUCAACGGCAGUCUACGCACCAAACCCAGCUCCGAGACCAUCCGCCCCAAGAGGGAGAAGCGAAAGACGGCGCGCAAACCCCACUCCGUCCAGAGCGGCGUUGCAUCCUCGAAAGCAGAUAUCUUUGAAGCCAAAAUCGCCUCCGCUGUCGACGAAGCAAACUCCUCCGACUCUGACGAAACAUUCGUCUACGAAUCAAACCCCCCCGACCACGAGCGCCCGCGACGCUUCCACUCCCGCACUCCAAGCACUACAUCCAUGGCCUCGCAAUCGCAAGCCGAGCUCCGUCCCGGCCCGCCUAGCCGCCUCGCAAACACCUUAGAUGGCUCGAAUGGCCACAGCGUCGCUAUGAAGAAGAGUAUGAAAUUCGCUUCCUCCUUCGCUCCUCCGCCUACCUCUGAUGCAGCUACCGACGACGACGCGUCGCAGCGCGCUCUGGGGACGGGGAGGGGAACGAUAAGACAUCAUCAUAUUGGACGCUGGGGGAGGAAUAAUAACACCAACUCCCACGCCUCACUCUUUGAUGCUGAAUCCCCCUUUCCUCACGCUACUAAGCCGUCGAAAUUCGGCAACUCGGCGUCAAUGCGCCAAUCCUCCCGCCCUACCAGCCCGCGCGUUGGCGCUAACGGGAGGGGUGUCAAUGGGAACGGCACAGUCCGCAAGGGUGGAUUCGCACAUACGUAUGAUAUCGACGAUGGUGCGGGCGCAGAUGACGAACGAACGCCGCUUGUGGGAUCGGGGACAAGGUCGACGCGCUCGCGACACCGUAGGAAUCCACCACCCUCGCAACGGCAGCGCAAUUCCCGGUCGCCGUUUGGGGCAUGUCUCAUCCUAGGGGUGAUGUUCGUCCUUGUCGUAUCGGGCGCGCUGGCCUUGCUGCUGGGUACCACGCAACCUCUCGGCGGGGUGAGGAUCGCGGCGCUGAGGGAUGUGUUGGCGAGUAAAACGGAGCUGUUGCUUGACGUCGACGUCGUGGCGAGGAAUCCGAAUGUCUUCGCCAUCGGCGUGGAUAAACUCGACGUCAGCGUCUACGCAAAGAGUCGGUACGCAGGCGAUGAAGCCCUCUACGCGCGAGCUGCCGGCGACGGCGCCGCGCUGAGGUACGGAGUUCGUGGCACUACUGGGGAAGGCGGGGAGGUGGUCCGUACCCGCGACGACUCGCCGUGGGAUCCCUACCCACCCCCUCCAUCCGAUACACCCCUCCUCCUCCUCGGCCGCCUCACAAGCACAGACACCGCGCUCUCCUUCCCCGCCUCUCCAUUCCGGCACUCGGCGUCCCUAUCUACUGCUGCGCUCCGUCUACCUGAUCCGGGGAACUCGACGGAGGGGAGGGCGAAGUGGGACCACAUCCUUAAGGGGGGGCAUAGCUGGGAACUUAUCCUCCAGGGCGUGGUGGAGUAUAGGAUUGGUUGGUUCGGGGGGUGGGGCGCGGGGAGGAAGAAGAUCGUUCCUAUUGGGGGGGGUGUGGAAGUUGGGGGAGGUGGAGAAGACGGCGUGGUGUUCUUGCGUUGAGGGGGAGGCGCGCUGAUGUGGAUGGCGCUGGUGCGCUUCACAUAUAUACUUACUUACUACUACUACUACUACUACUCUUUUCUUUUGUUUCUCGACCAACGACGACGAAAAACGACUUUGAUGACGGGGGACGGACGGACAACCGAACCCUUUGGGCAUUUUUUUUUAGAUUGGGAGCGGAGCGGAGCGGAGCGGGUGGGGACUCUGUUUUUUUGAUUGAUGGGAUUUAGUGUCUGUGUUUUUAGUUGGUGAUGGGGGUUUGGAGCCUUUUGUUUCGAUGACGGAGUGAUUGGGGGGUGAUGAUGGCUAUGGGGGAUGAUAUUAUUAAACUACUUUUUUUUUUCUUGCGUCAUGGUGUGGUGUAGUAGUGUGGUUGAGGAGAGGAGAGCAGAGCGAUACUGCGAGUUGUAGUGGGUGGUGUUGAGCUGAGAGGUGAGAGGUGAGGGUAUAAAAAGGGAGUGUAUGGUGGAUGGUGGAUGGUGAGGAAGUUGAAGGGAGAAAAGUAAAGGGGUAAUCGGCGGUAGUGAAAGAGCGGUGAGGAAAAGGGGAUAUGUUUGAGAACCAUCAAUACUACUGUACCUACCUACAGUUAUUGUCAUACAGAUGGAAUGGAUGUAAUAUUCCUGGGAC